AUGUGGUUCCAUCAGGUUACUACUGCCUUGGGGUUGCUAGUCAUCAUUCGAAAUGUUAGGACACAAGAUCUAACCGUGAUUUAUCCAGUGUCAGAGGAAAAGUCUGAGUCAAAUUUACCACCGGUAGAUCUGGAAGCUAUCGAAUCGAGGUACAAAGUCAAUGCUAAACCAGAGCCUUACAAGCCAAAUAAACCAGCUCCGCCGUUAGACAACAUUCACGUAGAUUAUCAUGGUACUGCCACGCCUAUUCCUCAUGCAUUUUUCCCGACUACCCCAUCUUUUUCCAAAUCUCCGACCCGAGAAAGUGUCACUAACAAGCCCUUGAAGUAUGAACCAACUGAAAGUUCGAAGGAAAUUACUAUCACCACAGUCAAAGAGGCCACAGACAAGGCUAAAGAGGUAGGAGUCAAGGCCAAGAAGAAGAAGAAGCCUAAAGUCUGGUCUGAAAAGGGAAAACGAAGAAGGAUCGUGAAGAAGAAACGUUACCAAAAGAGUCGAAGUUUGAUCCCUGUUUAUCAUGGCUUAAGGACAACAUUUGCCCCCAAGCCCAGGCCCAAUAAAGCAACGCCAUUGCCGCCGAAAAGGUACACAACCCAGAAUGCAAGUGCAGUGACAACAGAGCCGACGAAAAAGCCGGCCAAGACCAAAGGCACUACUCCGAAAACCACCCGUCUAUCGCCAACGAGAACCUACUCUCCAGUGCAAUUGCCUUUAUUCGAGAAGGACAAGUUCGCCUCUAUCGACGAAUUCAGUUCCUCUUUUAAGUCAGUGAGAGCCGUCCCAUACUUUCCUUCUACUGCUCCGCCUGCCAAAGAAUAUAAAGGUCCGACAGAAAAUAAGGCCACCAGCUUCGCACCCAAGCCCAGCAAGAAUUAUGCGUACGCUUCUUACAUACAAACUCCCAAGCCGAUCAGAUCUAAGCCGGCUUAUUCUCCACGACCAGCCUUUUCUCCUCGACCUCGACCCAAACCCCAGAGCCCUUCCACCACUCCAAAAGUCCAAACCACUCCUGAUGAUGACCACGAACCUUCCUAUGGGGAGCGAACACCUAAUUAUUCGUCUAUUUCGCAAACUUACACCACGCCUGCUUCUAGUAGAUACAGACACGCCAACCACAACAACCAACAGGGCGGAGCCAAGCCUUUGUCCAUUAUUACGACAAGUGCGCCGAAUCACUCAGCUGGACAGUCGCUAAUACCUUCUGAAAAACCUUUGGGUCGAGUGGAACCCACGGUAACGCCGGAAAACUACUACUCUACGCCUAAGCCUUCAUAUCACUCCACGACUCAAGCUAGUCACUCUUUAAAUCCUCAAACUAGUUACUUUUCGACAACGCAGCCUCCUUACGGCUCGGACUCACCCUCUCAAACACCUUCCUAUCACUCGACUCCCAGUCCGUCUUUUUCGCCCAGUUCUCAUCCGGCAUAUCAUACCACUCACAGCCCAUCAUUUUCGCCUAGUCCUAGACCUAGCUACCGUUCAACGCCCAGUCCAUCGUACUCAUCCCAUCCUAAGCCAGCUUACCAUUCCACCCCGAACCCUUCGUAUUCACCUAGUUUCAAACCUGUCCAUCAUACCACUCAUUUGUCUCCAAGACCAACUUACUCUCCGCAACCAGAGGUCACGUAUGGAGGCCCACCUGGGUCGUCUCCAUAUCAUAGCCCAAGUAGUCCAACUAGACUAUAUCCGACCACUCCUGCACCGACCAGUGCCUAUGGAAGUGUGACCCCGGGGUAUGGGUCCCCAUCGCCAACAACGAAGCCCUUUAUUCAAACGACAACCACGAGUUAUGGGUACAAUUCUGAGCCCUCUCAAGAUGAAUACGAAUCAGAUUAUAACGAGCAAGACGAUGAAAUUGGCUACGAGAAACGACCCUACUCGUUCCAUUAUGGGGUCAAAGAUGAGCGCUCAGGGAACGAUUUCUCGCGAGUUGAAGACAGCUCAGGACGUGUUACGACGGGCAGUUACAAGGUGGCCUUGCCCGAUGGUCGGGUUCAAAUUGUAAACUAUGUGGCAGAUGCAAGUGGGUAUAAGGCCACCGUGACCUACGAAGGUGUGCCCGUCUUUCCCGAUCCCAGCUACUACAAGCAACAACCACCAGCAUCUGCCCCCUAUUCUCCUGAUGCAUACGAGCAAAACCACGUGGAUAACAAUGCGGUGUUUGAUUUCUCCCCAUCCGUCGUACAAUCGUACUACGUACCUUCAGAAUCUGAAACGACUCUAUCCAGAAGGACCUCCAGCUUUGCCAGUAGCACCACACCGCUGUUCUCGUCGACCACAUUGGCACCAUCAGCGGGUUUAAGACCGAGACCGAGGCCUAUAAGAAGACGCAACAUUCGUCACCAGAGCUCGUACCAACGCAGAAAGAGUCAAAACGAAAUCACUACGCAAACAUCGCGCGAACAAGACCGGAAUCCAAAAGCUCGAGGGUUUCUACCUAAAUAUCCUCACUUUGAGCCCUCACCAGAGCACAACACUCCCGAUGGGACCAAAGCCUUGACCAAUAACGACAACCGUGAACUGAGGCGAGAUGACAGAGACGAGACUACGGCAAGAUCUGUGGCGUCCACCAGGCGGCAAACCACAGCUUCCACUCAACCAAGUACCACAAGUCACUACGAAUCAUUUCGAUUAAACCCAAUGACCACCACCUAUGAAGGACCCACGCCCCCGGCUCGAAAAAUCUUCACGUCUACGGAGAAAUCUCGGCCAGAAACCACGACCACGGCAAAUCAAGUCAACUUGAAAUCCAAUCACUUUCUCGGGCCCUAUUCACCGAACAAUUACCCUAAUCAAAGCCAGGCCUCGCCGUCUCCAUCUACGGCCUAUAUAGAGCCUACAACUUAUCGACCUAGUCAAUCCACACUCCUGUCCAUUCUCAAGAAACUUUAACCUCUUGAAUGUAGACUCAUUUUGCGGAUCCAUUCCCCUCUAGUUCAAUUUGAAAGCGACCAUUUCAUUAUUUACUCGUACCUUGCAUGUUUGUUUCCAAUCAUGUUGUACGCUCGUACGUGUUUCUUGGCCUCCCAUAACUCCACUACCACGAGUAAUGCCAAUUUUUUAGUUCUCAUCAUCAUAUUGUGUUCUUUUCGGUAUUCUAUGUUGUUUCACAUUAUUUGCGAAAUGAUAGAUACUUCUGCUCUGACAAGAUAGACAAGACAGACACCGCUCAAAUGAAAUAAAAGCAUGUUAUUGUUUUCAGAUGUGUCUUCUCA